AUGUCGUCUCGCCAGCAGCCGCCCUGGCGGCAACCUCCAACCAACUCGGAGGUUCAACUUCCGCCGCUGAAGGUUUGGAACUCUUUGACCAAGUCCAAGACGCCCUUUGUUCCAAUCGACCCCGCUGGCAAGAAGGUUACUUGGUAUGCUUGCGGUCCGACUGUCUACGACGAUGCGCAUUUGGGCCACGCCCGCAACUAUGUUAGCACCGAUAUCAUUCGGCGCAUUAUGCGCGACUACUUCAAGUUCGACGUCAACUUCGUGAUGAACAUUACAGAUGUUGAUGACAAGAUCAUCCUGCGCGCCAGACAACAACACCUGUUCAACGAGUUCGUCGGCACCUACCCUACCAUUACCCCCGAGGUUAUUGAUACCGUGAAAACCGCCUACGCUGCAUACCUGAAGAAGAACCUCUCUCUUUUGGAUCCUGCGCUAGCCCCUGCGCAGUACCAAGCUGAGGUGGAGAAGGCCUACGCAACCGUGUUGAGCGGAGGAGCUCUGCAGGGCAACGAGAAGGCUGGUGACGAUGAGGCCAAGGUGAAAAUGCACAUCAAGACUGCGGCCUCAGCUGCGAAGGUGCUGAAGGAUGCCGAGGCUGGUGCUAGUAAGGCUGGCGAUGCCGCUUUGUUCGCCGAGGCCUUUUACACUGAUGCUCAGGAUGUCUUGCUCCCCUACCUGGAUGCACUUAAGGGAGCAUCAAUUGAUGCCAAUGACCACGGAAUCUUCACCAAGCUCACCAAGAAGUACGAGGAACGCUUCUUGACCGACAUGCGCGAUUUGAAUGUCCUCGACCCCGACGCACUGACCCGUGUUACCGAGUACGGCGCUGAGAUUGCCGGCUUUGUGGAGCGAAUUGUGAAGAACAACUUUGGAUACGCAACGAAGGACGGAUCGGUUUACUUCGAUAUUGAUGCUUUCGAAGGUGCCGGACACCCAUACGCCCGCCUGGAACCAUGGAGUCGAUCCGAUAACAAGCUGGCCGCCGAGGGCGAAGGUUCUCUGGCAAGCAAGACGACUGAGAAGCGCGGGGCCUCGGAUUUCGCUCUCUGGAAGUCAUCCAAGCCUGGUGAGCCAAGCUGGGACAGCGCCUGGGGUAAGGGUCGCCCUGGUUGGCACAUCGAAUGCUCAGCCAUGGCUUCAGCUCGCCUGGGUGAGCAAAUGGAUAUCCACUCCGGUGGUAUUGAUCUUGCAUUCCCUCACCACGACAACGAACUGGCCCAGAGUGAAGCUUACUGGCACGACCCCUGCAAGCAUGAUCAGUGGGUCAACUACUUCUUGCACAUGGGUCAUCUCUCCAUUGCAGGCUCUAAGAUGUCCAAGUCUCUUAAGAACUUUACCACCAUCCGCGAAGCUCUGGACCGGAAAGACUGGGACCCGCGUAGCUUGCGUAUCGUCUUCCUCCUUGGUGGCUGGAAGGACGGCGUCGAGAUUACGGAUGAGCUUGUUAGCUCUAGCGCCUCCUGGGAGGACAAGGUUAACAACUUCUUCCUGAAGGUCAAGGACCCUGCGGCCUUCCAAGGAGAUAACACCGACACCACCCUCGGCUCUGAUCUCCAAACUGCCAAGGAUGCCGUGUACAAGCAUCUGUGUGACUCAUUCAACACUGUGGGCGCCAUGCAAACCAUCUCCGAAUUCAUCACCAAAUACAACAGCGCGGACAAGGCUACUAUGAACCCGAAGGACGUCCAAGACGCCGCUCGAUGGGUUACUUCCAUCGUCAACAUCUUCGGUCUCAAUGGAACAGCUGCUGCCGAUAGCACCGAGAUUGGAUGGUCAGGCAUCGAUGUUCCCGAGGAGGCCAAGCCAUUCCUCUUCCCUCUUUCUACCAUUCGUGAUACUGUUCGCCUGGCGGCUCGCUCCAAGGAGGGAAUCUCAUCUAGCCAAAUUGCCGAUGCAGUCAAGAUCGAGGCUCCCACGGAGGCCUCUGAGACAGCUAAGCCUUACGCAGAGGUUCUUUCCAACUUCCGGAAUAAGGUUGCCUCGCUGCAAUCCUCUGAUUCCGCUGGAAAGGAGGUGCUAGCCCUCUGUGAUCGCGUCCGUGACAUUGAUCUUUUCGAUCUGGGCGUUUAUCUCGAGGACCGCGAUAACCUCCCGGCCCUCGUCCGUCCCGUCACCCGCGAGAUGAUCCAGGCUCGGGAAGAGAAGGAGGCCCGCGCCCGCCAAAAGCAGCUCGAGAAGCAAAAGCGCGAGCAGGAGGCUCUCAAGCAGCUCGAGAAGGGCAAGCUGAGCCACCUUGAGAUGUUCCGCACCAACGAGUAUAGCGCUUGGGAUGACGAGGGUCUUCCCACCCGCGACACCGGAGGCGAGGAAAUCACGAAGAGCCGCGCGAAGAAGCUUCGCAAGGACUGGGAGCGACAGAAGAAGGCGCACGAGGCGUGGAAUGCCGCCCAAGCCAAAUAA